AUGCCAAACCGGAACAGUUGGGGAAAGUGUUCCGGUAUGGAAGUUCCGCUCCAAAUUUGUCGAAAAAACGAUACAGCUAUAGAUACCACUGAUGCUUUCACAACUUCAGAGAGAUUUGUCACACGGGAAGAAGUUAUCCGUUGGGUUAAAGAGACUGGAAUUAACAAUAAAGUGACCGUUAUUAUCACGCGUUCAGACACCGAAACAGGCAAAAGAGGAAAAGUAACAAAAUCGACUCCGGCAAAAGAUGGGUCUGGAUGGAAGGUUGAUGUAAAGUGUGGAGUUCAUAAUCAUGGUUUACCAGAUAGAUUAGAAGGUCAUUCAUUUGUUGGUAGGUUGACAACCGAUGAGAAGCAGCAUGUUGCUGAUUUGACAAAGAGACAUGUUCCGCCUAGACACAUAUUAAUUUCCUUGCAAAAGCGAGAUCCUGAGAACGUCACUCGGAUCACGCAAAUAUACAAGCAUAAAAGUGUGAUUGAAGCGGAGAUAAGAGGUCCAAGAAGUGAGAUACAACAUUUGCUUAAGCUUAUAGAGGAGGCGAACUAUGUUUAUUGGAGUAGGAAACGGGAUGAUUGUGAAGUUGUGAGAGAUAUGUUUUGGGCUCAUCCAGAUUCGGUAAAGUUGCUGAAUCUUUUUCCUACUGUCUUGAUUAUGGACGCCACUUAUAAGACCAACAAAUAUAGACAACCUCUGUUUGAAAUAGUUGGUAUGACAUCGACCGAGUUGACAUUUGCGGUUGCAUUUGCUUAUAUGGAGUGUGAGCAGACAGAGAGUUUUAUUUGGGUCUUGGAAUAG